AUGGACGCUGUGAUCACUGCUGGAAAGGAACAAGGGGCCGCUGCGUUGCUGGCCGUUGAUAGUGCCGAUGAGGACAGCAGUGUGGACUCGGGGAGGGGCGAGGCACUUACUGGGCAGGGCGGUGACGGGGCAAUCGAUGCCGUUCGCGAUGCACCCACAGCAGAAGCGUCAUCGAUGGGGUCGCAGGGCGAGGGGACCGAUGCAGGCGCGGAGGGGCAAGGCAGAGCUCCUGCGGUUGUCCCGGCAAAGAGCGCCGGAGAACAAGAAGACGACCACCGUGAUGUCGAUCCACUCGAGCCUGACGCACGGACAAGCGCGAUGGAAUCGUCGAGUGAUUUCGGUUCGGGGACGGGAGCGGGAGCGUCGUCAGGGGCUGGUGACGACGAGACGACCGCCCCCGUGGGCGUCGAUGCUGACGUUGCCGCCGGUGCCAACGUAGACGGAGAUCUUGAAACCGACCUGGGGAUGACGGAGAUAUCGGCAAGCGAAUGGAGCGGGGUCGACGCCCGCCCGCCGAGGAUGCCCAGCGGGCGGUGGCCGUCUCCACAGCACCGGAGAGCCACCACCGGGGACGCCGCAGCCGUGCCGCCUGACGACUACGUCUCCACGAGCGACUCGUCACAAGAGGUGGAAGCGCUGCUGUUGGAGGAGGAGGAGGAGGAGGAGGCGAGCGGCGAGGACUUCCCGCGCAGGCGCCCGGUGUUCCGUUUCUCUGAACCCUUGUCGGCGGGGCCCGACCCCGUCGAUGUCGGGCUCGCGGGGCAGCGGCCGCCUCGCCGGCGGCACACCGCAGACGUGGAAGACUUCGUCGUCCUGCCCCCGCUCCCGCCGUUAGACUCAAUCUCCGCCGAGCCGCCGGGGGAGGCGAUCGACCCGGCGGGCGCGAUGGUAGGGUACAGCGAGGAGAACGGGUGGGAAGCUUGGGCGGCAGAGUUGGCGGUAGCGUUGAGGAAGGCGUCGGUGCGGUGGGCGGGGGUGGCGGCCGAGCGGGGCGGCGUUCUGGCCGAAGAGUUGCUCGAGGCGUGCAAGGCGCAGGUGGUGAAGAGCUGGCACGAGACCGUCCAGCCGCUGGCCGGGUACGCCCGGCGGCGCCUGGAGGCGACGGCGAAUUUCUGCUUGGGGGAGGUGGGCCAGCAUCUCGAGGACGCGGUAACGGCGGAAGCGCUGUGA